AUGGAAAGCUCUGGUAGUGGACAGGCAAAUGAGAAGAAGAGUUACUCGAAGAAGGCAGCGCGUGAACGCAGGGAGACAAUUCCAGAGAGACGGCUGCGCGUUAUGGGAACAACAUCGCUGAGGUUUUCCCAGCCUUCAAAACAGGGUAGGCGGCCAUCACGAGCAACACGUGGUGCUGCUGCGUCUACGGCCGACCAGAGCCCGGAUCAAGGCCCAGCUACAGAGGCCGAGCCUAACAAAAGGAGGCGUCAAGUCCUUCAAGCCCAGCGUGCACAUCGACAAAGGACCUUAGAUUAUAUUGAUGAACUUGAAGCUGAGAUAUUUCGGCUAAGGACUUCAGCCACGGCAACAUCCAGCGAUGUAGCACAGUUUCACAACGACCAACCGCCACAAACCGCCUUCAAAAUAAUAAACAAUGUCAACGUUAAUGUUCUUAUCCAGAGCUUCAACGGUCAGAUUGCCCCAGGAAUAUUCACCAGCAUCUACCCCGGAGCUACAGAUCCUUGCAUCAUGGACGGCGUUUUAGGAAGUGAUGUUUUCUUCUCGGAGAAUAUUGCUCCAACGCUUGUUGCCGUGGAUGGAGCCUCGAAUGGCUUUAGAACCCUUUUACUGCCACUCGCCUGCGCUGACGACCUUGUUCGAUCUGCAACAUUAGCAGCUUCAGCAAAUCAGCUGCGAUUUCAGCGGCCCAAACUGGCGCCUAUGGCAUCAAAAUAUCAGUCGGCAGCAAUUGAGAAGCUUUCUGUUUUUUCUAGAUUCGAAAACGCGAGUGGUUCGACACGCAGCGCGAUUUUGGCGGCCAUAAUCCUGCUUAUAAUCACCGACAUGAUGAAUGGGGGUCAUCAAUUUCAUCUCCUCCUGAAUAUGGCCAAAUCCUGGGUAGAGGCAAUGAAGCACGAUGAUGUACCCACGGGAAGUUCCCGGUCGGGGUUGGAACAAUUUCUGCUCAACCAACUUGACGUAGUACAAUUGUAUGCCGAACCUUUACUCAAGGAACAAUACACAAUACUGGCACAGUAUGAGCCUGAUGAUCGCACCUUCAAGGACAGGAUCAUCUGCAUCUUCAAGUCGAUAGAGGAAGCUAUUAAACAGGCAUGCAAUAUUUAUUCCUAUCAUGUCAUGCAUGAUAGCCCUCCACCGGACAUUGAAGAUAUUCUAGAUAACCUGAAAAUAUCUGCGGAGGAGAUACCCGCUUAUGCUCCUGGCGAGAAUGCGCUGGCCUGGGUGUAUUUCAUCGCAGCUGCAGAGAGCAGUAUCCCUGCCAAACGGACAUUUUUUGCCAAGAGACUCAUGGGCAUUUUCGAGCGAGGGAAUUUUAAUAACACAACUACUGCAUUUGUUAUGCUUCAUCAAAUUUGGAAUUGUCAAGAAGCGGGCGACAACUGGACUAAAACACUGAAAGAUACACCUUCUGUACUUGUUUUGAAAUGA